UGAGACAGAGCCUGUGUCACCGUCCUGCCCCUCUCCUGGCUGAAAUGUAGCUGCCAUGGGCAGGGUCCUCUGCCUGGGGCCCAGCAGUGGUCCCCCCAGGGAGCACAGCCUUUUCUGGGCGCUCACUUGCUGUUGUUGCUCCCCAGAAAGGUGACCCUCCUUGUCAUGGGGCUGGACAAUGCAGGGAAAACCUCCGUCAUCGCGGACAUAGAGAGAGCGCUGGCCGGGGAGGUGCUGCCCGGGGCGCAGCCCGGCCAGAGCCGCCUGCGGGUGGACAGGUUCGAGGUGACGCUGCUGGAGCUGCCCGGGGCACAGCGCUCCCGCAGCGCCUGGCGCAGCCACUACAGCGAGGCACACGGGCUCCUCUUCGUGCUGGACUCCGGGGACCUGGCACGGGUGGAGGAGGCCCGCAAGGUCCUGAGCCGCGUCCUGAGCCACCCUGAUGUCUCCGGGAAGCCGCUCUUGCUGCUGGCCAACAAGCAGGACACGCCGGCCGCGCUGCUGCCCUGCGAGCUGAUCGAGCGGCUGUGCCUGGAGCGCCUGGUCAACGAGAACCGCUCUCCGUGCCGCAUCGAGCCCUGUGUCGCCAAGCGGGUCCCCCCCGCCGGCCCGGCCCGCACCACCCUGCAGGGGCUGCGCUGGCUCCUCCGCGCCGCCGCCGCCUCCCCCGCCCCUCCGGACGCCGCCCCGGUGCCGCCAGUGGGUGCGGGGCUCCGUCAGCCUGUCCCCGGCCCCUUGCUCUCCCCGCAGCGCUCGUCCUCACCCCGCUGUGCUCCCUCCAGCAGGGACCGGCUGCGCCCCGGGGAGGAUGCUCGGGAGGGCGCGGGGAAGAACGGGGAGCCCCGGGCGGUGCGCCCCGUCUGCCGCCUCCUGCCCCUGGAGGAGAGCGCUAAGGGCCCCAGGAGGAGGAAGAGGAAGGUGAAGGUGAAGAAGAAGGGCUUGGGGCAGCCAAGCCCAGCUGAAGAGCCGGAGGGGCCGGGAGUAGGGGCUGCCGGGGGGCUGCUGCUCCCCAACAGGGUCGGGCAGGAGGAGCCCACAGCCAUCGGGAUGGCCACCCCCCUCCCAGUACAGGGUAUGAAAAAGAAGAAAAAGAAGAAAAUCAAGAAUAAAAUCAAGUCACGGGACCCUUCUCUGGAGCAGCAGCAUGAGGAGGUCUCAAGCACCUUUGAUUUGUACCGCCGGGCGAUGCUGGCUCUGAAGAUGAGGCAGGAGCAGAGGAAGCAGCCAUCGGCCAUCGCCCCCUGAGCAGGGAGGGAGGCACCGAGCACGGGCUGUGGUCCCGGAGGAGCCAGGCUGCAGGGGCAGUGGGCCCCACACUGCUGCAGAGCUGCCGGGUGCUCGGCCAGGGCUGGCAGAGCUGGGAAAUGGGUCCUGGGGCAUGAACUGCAUCUUUGUCCCCUGCGUGGCUUGAAAACCAGGGAUCCAGAGGGGCGAGCCAAAAGUCCCUUUGUAAGAUGCCUCUGGCAGCCGGGCUGCAAAGCCGUGUGAAAAGGGAACAGCCGGCCCCCUGCCGCCCCCUGCUCGUAUUCCCUGGAAGACUCCGUCUAAGCCCGGAUUAGUCUGUGCAGGAGAGGAAGAUCCGAGCAACACCAGGGGGAAAGCUGGUCUCUUGAAGGGACCUGUGCCCGGGGAAAGCUGUCUUCGCAGCUCAGGGCUGACCUGGCCCGGCACUCCCUGCCUGCUGCCUGGAACCGUCUCGUUCCCUGCAGGUGAAGGAGGAGAGCAGCCCCGGGCGCUCUGCAGAGGAGCUCCACAUCUGGCAGGGCUGUCAGGACCCGCUUCCCACCCUGCAGGAGGGUGGUGCCCGUGUUUGUGCACCCUGCAGCCCGUCAGUGAGCACUGAAGUGCAAAGGCAGCUGGCGGCUGAACCAGGAGCGGUCCUGCUGACCCUGCCACCCUUCCAGGAGGGACUGACACUGUCGCUGGCAGCCUGGCCCUCUGCUGCCCCAGGUGGUCCCUGCCGUGACACGGGACGAGAGCAGCACCCCCGUCCGAGCCCAGCCUGUGACACAGCGUGUCUGCCGGGGUGCACGGCCGCGGGAGCUGCCCUCAGCCCUGGGAACGCUCCACCUGCAGUCCGGGGCUGCUGUUUUUCUCGUGACACCUGCAGCAAGCAGCGUUAGAAGCUGAGGUGUGCGUUAGUCACCUCUGCUCCCGCGUUACUCAUUAACAGGCGCUGCCUCUGCCGUCCAGGGGAAGGCAAAUCAGGGAAGCCUUUCCCUUGGCAGGGCUGGAAAGGGAAAGGAAGAGAAACUGGCUGCUCUGCCUUGCCAGCCUGCCAUAAAGCUCUGUCUGACUCUGCUGUAUUCAACUGUUGGUGACUACAGGGGUUAUUUGUAAAUAAACUGUAAAUAACAGCAGCAGAA